AUGUCUGGGUUAUAUGAAAAAUCGCGUUUGUUCGGUGGACAAGCUGUCGGUCAAGCAUUCCGAGCGCUACAAGAACAAAUUGGAUUCGAUUUGAUGCCAUGCACUAUUCAUUACAAAUUUAUAGCUCCAGGUACAUUAAAUGCUUAUGGGUGGAAAAGAGAUUUUGAUGAAGGCAAGAUAGACGUCGAUCUUGAUUAUGAAGUUGUUCAGUUGGAAAAUGAUAAUUAUCGAACACUAACGCGACAGAAUGGAAAAUUGAUUGGUUCCGCUUUCGUUUCCAUUAACUCGAAUGAGGACAUUAUCGAAAAACUCGAAUUAGACUAUGUAGAAAAGCCCAACGAUCUCUUAUCUGUUGAUCAGCUCCUAAAAAAUAUGGGAUUCAAUGAGAAUUCGAACACACUCAAGUAUUUAAAUUCUAACAUAUUCGAAUUGAAACUAGUGGAAUGGUCAAGAGUUGCAAAGCAGAAAAACAUUCACCGAAAUCUCGUGUGGAUCCGUCUAUACCCUGAUUGUCAUGAACAUGUCAAGUCAAGUCAUGGAGCACAGUUAGCACUCACAUUAUCAGAUUACUUUAUUAUAUUAGUUGCUGAGGAUAUUUAUAAUGAGAGUGGUUAUCGUGCUCCUCAAGCAGCAUCUCUACAUCAUUCCGUGAAGUUGCAUAAGCGCAACUUCGAUAUCAAUCCAUACGGCUGGAUGUUGUAUCGAGUAGAAGCGGAAAUCAUCAGUAACCAUCGCGCCAUUCUAAAGGCCCACAUAUACAACGAAGAUUUUGAUUUGAUUGCUUCUAUCACACAGGAGGCUUAUAUUGUUUCCGAAGCCAAAAAGUCCCGUAUAUAG